UACUGUUGUGUGCCAUUGCAAAAGAUGGGAAUGAGCAAAUGUUCCCAAUUGCAUGGGCUGCAUGUGAAGUUGAAAACGAGGAGUAUUGGAGCUGGUUCAUGAAGCUUCUGCUGCAUGACUUGGAAGUUGGAGAUGGUUCAGAUUAUACAUUCAUAUCUGACCAACAAAAAGGUUUGGAGAAUGCUGUGAAGGAGAUAGCUCCCAAUGCAGAACAUAGGAAUUGUUCUAGACACAUCUACAUGAACUGGAAGAAGUCCCACAAAGGUGGUACGUUGAAAAACAUCUUUCUGAGAGCUUGUAGGAGCAUUUAUGUGGAGAAGUAUAACACUCAUCUACUGGAGAUGAAAAGAGAAAGCAUUGAUGCAUUUGAAGACUUUGUGUCUAGGGACACAAGCAGGUUCUGUAAAGCAUUCAUCUCGACUACUAUGAAGUCAGACAUGAUAGACAACAACAUCUCGGAGACCUUUAACGGGUAUAUUUUAAAUGCAAGAGGGAAGCAUGUCAUACACAUGCUUGAAGAGAUCAGGAGCAACCUCAUGGUGAGACAAGUCAAAAAGAGGGAUCAAAUGUUGAGUGUAACAGACACUAUAUGCCCAAACAUAAGGAAAAAGCUUGAGAAGCAUAGACAGAAGAUUUCUGAUUGUGUUGCCAGGCCUUCACUUGAUUCCAAGUUUGAAGUUUCUCACUUCGAAGACAGGUAUUAUGGCUUCAUGAACUUCUCCUUGCAAUUUCUGAAUUUAUUAAAUAUUGAAUUUUUUGUGUACAGGUUUGUGGUAGAUAUCAAUGCCAAUAGCUGCACCUGUAGAUAUUGGGACCUCACUGGAAUCCCAUGCAUCCAUGCUGUCAGUGCACUGCAUUGGAUGGGAAGGGACCCAGUGGAGAUGGUACAUGAUUAUUACAGUGUGUCUAGGUUUUUGAAGGCUUAUGAAAGUGGUCUGGUGCCCAUAAGAGGUGAAAGCAUGUGGCCUGAAGUGGAGGGAUUUAAGGUGAAACCUCCAGCAGUAAGGAGAAUGCCUGGGAGGCCCAAGAAAAAGAGAAUCAGAUCAGCAAAUGAGAGGGAAGGUAGGAAUCCAACUCAACUGUCAAGAGGGGGGAUGAUCAUGACAUGUAGGAGGUGUGGGGAUGCAGGCCACAACAAGAGGAAUUGUCAAAAUAUGUUCCUUGAUAAACCUCCUGCUCCUAAGAACAAGGUUGGUAGACCUCGUAAGGUGAGAGAAGAAGGCACUCCAAGCACUUCUACAAGUACCACUCCAAACACUUCUACAACUACUACUGGAAGAGGGGCUGGAAGAGCUGGGAGAAGCACUGGAAGAGGGGGUGGAAGAGCUGGCAGAUCCUCUGGAAGAGGUGGAGGAAAUGAUGUUUUCUUCAAAGAGAGGAACUUUGCAAGAGCAGGGGCUGGUCUGUAUAUCAGUGAGAGGACAAGAAAUCAAUACCUAAGUGCCCCAAAUUCAAGAGAUGUUAGAGUGAUCCAAACAAGGAGCAAGGCCUCAAUCCCAUCAACUGACAUUCAACCAUGA